AUGCCCCCACAGGCUAAUGAUUUGUACUCAAAAGGCAAGGGACAGCCACACAUAAGUUAUCUUGAAUCAGAAAAGAUGCUGCUAAGAAGCUCUUCAACGCCGGUUCUUGGAUCCCUUCUUGCUUCCUUCACAGAUAGUCCUAACAACAAUUUUCACUCAGAAACCAGCCAUGCACUUAAACACUUUCCACCAACCAGUGUCCCACCACAUUAUCACAAACUUUCUCUCCACCAAACUGGGUCCUUCACUCUCCCUUCCUUCUCAUGUGGUUCUUCUCCGGUCUCUCCCUCGAUUGGUGAGCUUGGAAGGCAAAACAAAGGCUUUAGAAGGGUUCAAUCAGAUGGGAACUUGCAAGACUUAGUCUACUCUUCUUGCAACAAUGAAGACAUGUUGGAUUUUUCAGAUCCUCCCAAGAGGUUUUCAGCGAGGAACAGGUGCUUGGUGCUGGAGACCAUUCCUUCCUUCUCUCUGGGCAAGCACAAUGGCUUGCUUGUAGAAGAGGAAGAUGAAGAAAUGGAAAGUGAGAGUGAAGAAGGGGAGGAGAAGAGAGGAGAGGGGUUCAGUGUGAUGAAUGGUAUAAUAUUGAGUGAAGCUGUGAAAGUGAAUGAUGGAGUUUGCAGGGUGAGUUUUAGUGAGCAGGAAGAGGUUGGCAGUGAAAAAGAAAUGUAUCUUGCAAAGGGGCUUGGGCUUGAGUGCUGUGGGGAUGGCAUAGGUGGCUGCGGAGGUGGUGGUGGUGGUAGUAGUGAUCAUAAUCCCUUGGGUUCUGGAGGGAAUGAUGGAGAUAGGCAUGAAGUGGAAGAAUAUUACAAGAAAAUGGUGAAAGAAAAUCCUGGGGAUCCAUUGUUUCUGAGGAAUUAUGCUAACUUCUUGUAUCAGUGCAAACAGGAUCGUAAAGGAGCGGAGGAGUACUAUUCCCGUGCCAUACUGGCAGACCCAAAUGAUGGAGAUGUUCUAUCACAGUAUGGGAAGCUAGUUUGGGAGGUACACCACGACCAAGAACGUGCCUCCAGCUAUUUUGAAAGAGCAGUCCAAGCCUCUCCUGAAGACAGCCAUGUACAUGCAGCAUAUGCUAGUUUCCUAUGGGACGCAGAGGAAGAGGAGGAUGGUAGCAAUGAACCGCAGUGUUUGCCGCCUCAUCCUCAUCAAGGAGCUAUGGCUACAGCAGGUGCUUGA